GCAUUUUUCUAUGAACCCCGUGGAUUUAAACAGUCCAUCUACGGUCACACUGUUUGCUCAGCUGAUUGUGGGAAAGACUGACUGCAGGCUUGCGGGCGAUUGAAGUUAUUUCAUAACAUUCAAGGGAGCUGUCUAAAAUGUCUGCGGUGGAGCAGGAUCCCGUUGAACUAAUGCUUAAGAAAACCGGCUGCAUUGAGCUACACUAUAAAGUUCAGGAGUGCAUAGCAGAGACCGGCGACUGGCGCACGUGUCAAGACAAAGUUAAAGAGUUCAAAGCGUGCAUGCAAAAGUAUGUGGAUGAGCAAAGCAAGAAAUACGCCAAUGUUAAGUAA